AUUUGUAGGCAUUUAUUUUCUUUCUCGUCAUGGUUUAUUUUCUCUCUCUUUUUAAGAAAAGAAAUUUGCGUUAGUUCUGUUCUUUUGUCAAAAGGAAAACUGAAGAGCUCUUAUAAAUCAUUAAAGAUUAGUUAGAAAUUAUUUAAAUCAUCUUUAAAACUCAUUUGUUUUGAAAUUAUUUACAAUUCUCACUUUAUAAAAUAUGGAUAUAAUGGAUAUACAAGCGGUAGAAUCUAAGUUAAGUGACGUCACUGUGACCCCAAUACCACGGUCACAGGUGCAGAAUUUUUACAAUUAUCAGCAACAACGCGAACAACGUGAGCAACAACCUCAAAUCCAAAUAUCCGCAAUCCAUCAUACCCCACGAGAACGUCAUCAGACGGGUCAUCAUAGCAAUACAAAUGAACGUGACGCGGGCGGACGAGAUUUGUAUAAUCUCACCAAACGGGAACGUGAUUAUCAUCAUCAAUUGAAUAAUGUAGUUGCGAAUAGUAACACUAGUGCUGCCGUAGCGGUAGCAGCUUUACAAUAUACACAAAAAUUACAAGCUCAAUUGGCUUUAUUGCAACAGCAAGCUAAUAAUAGCGUUGGGACAACCCCCUCGAUUACCCUAACGCCGGCUAGUUCAAUGAGAUCAAAUAAUAGCAUCAGCAAUAGCAAUAGUAAUCAAAAUAGUUCAAAUCAAAUUGGUCAACAUCCUCUGCAACUUAAGUACCCUCAGUCCUCAUCACCUGUGAUUAUAACCACGCAAACCUCAGCAAAUAUAACUACACCGAUGACCUCAACGGCUAAUUUACCUACAGUGGGAGCUACAGGCGUUAAUAAUGGUCUUAGCAAGUAUGCUCAACUGUUGGCCGUUAUCGAGGAAAUGGGUCGUGAUAUACGUCCUACUUAUACAGGUUCACGUACUUCUACCGAACGCCUAAAACGUGGCAUUGUUCACGCCCGUAUACUGGUACGUGAAUGCCUUAUGGAAACUGAACGAUCAGCGCGCCAAUGAAAUUUAGCCAAUAGCGAAGUCAUGCUCACGCCGAUCAUCAACAUAAUCAAAGAGUUAUUGGAUAUACCCAAAAAAUUAAUAUAGUCGAAAUGUUUUUUUUUCCUCCCUCCCCCCCCUUUACAUUAUAAAUAUAAU